UGCGAGGCGCCCGGGAGCCGGCGACUGUGAGUACACCAUGACCGCAGCUCCUGACAAUACCCGCCCUCCCAGCUUCUGGAUGUCCCUUCAGGUCUUGUGGGCUUAGCUGUAAAAGGCGAAGGGCAUAGGGGCGUUUCUGAUCCCACAGUAUGGAGGAAGGGAGAGGCGAUAACUUCGACGGUGUGAGCACCUACCGCCUUAUAAUGGAGUUACUGGAAGAAAUCCAUUUGAAGGAUAUAGUGCAACUAUCAAUGCUUGAAAUAAGACACAAGAUAGCGGAACUGGAAGCCAAACUCCAUACUGAUGAUGAAGGUGGUGAAUGGAAAGUUCGUUAUGAGACACAACUUGAACUGAAUGAUCAAUUAGAAAAGCAAAUUGUUUCUCUGGAAGAUAAAAUGGAAAAAAUCCAUGGAAAUUCUCCAGAUAGAUUGUCUUGUGUUUAUGAACAAAUGCCAGUGGAAUACUUAAAUACAUUACUUAAACAGCUAGAAAAAGAGAAAAGAAGCCUUGAAAAUCAAGUGAAAGACUGUGCACUCAGACUGGAACAAGAAUCAAGGGCUUACCGCAAGACCAACGAUGAGUGCUGUAGGUACCUAGCUGAGAUGUCUUGGGUCUCUGACUCAUACCAAGUUUUUAAAAGGAAACAGAUGGAUCAACUGCCUAGAAUGAAAGAGAAUCUAGUGAAAAUGGGAAGAUAUAAACCAGUUACAAAGACAAUGAAUGCCAAGAGAGGACCAGUAAAAAAGAUUACAAGAUCAAACCAUCUUCCAAAACUCAAUCUGUAAUUCUAGAACUGGGCGGAUUUCUAUUUCUUUCCUCUUUUCAUAUGUAAUAUUCAACUUGUGAAGUUAAUGUUUAACUCAUUUUUCAGGGAAUGAAAUAGAUAAGAAAGAACUAUCAAACUUCUUUUUAGCUCCUUUUCCAGAAGUUUAUUCCUUUGCCUUAUGAAAGUAAUUUUCUAAGUGAUCUUAAAAUAUCUAAUAGCAUUGCUUAUGAUUUUAAAAAUAUCCUAAAAAGCCUAAAGGUUGGCAUUAUUACACUUACUUUUAAUAAUAUAUCCAUAAUCUGUGCUGAUAGUAACAUUGCCGUAUUAGAUUUGGUUUCUAGUUGACUAGAAAUGUGAAUAAUGUGAAUUCAUGAAAACAUUUUGCUGUUAUAGGCCAUAUCCUGUUCAGAUCUUUUAAACUUAUGGUUUAAACAAAACUACAGAUCAGAUGGAGUUUAAACUUUGAUUUGAACUAUGAUGGUGUUAUGGAAAUAGCCUUCAAUCAGUAAUCAGCUUGGUUAUAAUUCCCAACCUGCCAUGAACUUAGGAGAUCUUGGACAGGUUCCACUUUCUCAUCUUUAUGUCCCACAUCUGUAAAAUGAUGGCGGCAAAUGAUACAACCUCUAAGGUCUGUACUUUGCUAGAAAACCAGUAUUUAUUCAACUACAAGGUCCUAUUACUUAGCACAUAGUGAUUUAAAUCAUUUUAUGAUGUUUCUUACUUCAUAGUGAUGGCAUAAUUCUUUAGACCAUACAUUGCAAGCCUUCACAAUACUUAAGUCUCAAUGUGGAGAUAGACUGAGGAGAGGAGAGAGGUUUGUUUAAGGGAUUAAUGCAGUUUAUUGUAUUUUUCUAUAUAUGUUUAGGUUGUUUUAUAACUUUUACCUAGGUUUGGAACAUACCUAUGAUUUAUUUGCCCAACUUAAUAAGUAAAAUUACUGGGACUUUAUAUUUCUAGAAAUAACUCACAGCUACCUUAGUUUCCCACUAAUGGUAUUCUCACCUUAUAUCUGGAACUAAAACUUCUAUUCAAUAUCAACAGUAAUGAAUACUAAAUACAUUUCUAUAAUAACUUUUAUACAUAUUCACUUUCUUUAAGGAAGCAUUCACAAAUUUCAUGUAGACAAUUCCUUUAUGUGACUUUAUAAAGUAAUACAGAAAAUACAAAGUAACUUUCUAUAAAUUAUUCCAAACAGGAACUGUUUGGAAAUAUCUCCCCUGCUUUUUUGGGGGGGUGGGUGGAGAGCUAGUGAGAGAAGGGUGAGGGAGAAGCAGAUCCCUUACUGAGCAGAGAACCUGAUGUGGGGCUUGAUUCUGGGACUCCAGGAUCAUGACCUGAGCCGAAGGUAGAGGCUUAACCAGCUGAGCCACACAGGCACCCCAUCUCCCCUGUCCUUAAGCUAACUGCAGAGAUCAGAUACUAUAACCCAUAUUAUUAAACAAAUAAUAGAUUUUUAAAUCUUAUACAAUCUCUUUUAGCAUUAGUAGCAAACUGAUGACUUAAAUUUUCAUAAUUAUCAUCUCAGAGUCAACACUAAAAAAUAAAUUUAUUUCUAUCAUACAGAGCAAGCCAUUGUGGGGAUUGGAUUUGGAAUAUUUAAAUUUAUCACCAUCACUAGGACAGAAUAUUAGAUGAAGUUCUUUUUAUGGAGAAUCUAUCAUGUUUAAGCAUUAGCUCUGCAGGAGCUACUCUGGGAUACUUUCCAAUGGCAGAAAAGGCCUGUCUUAAACAGAGGGAUGGGGUAGCAUAAAGAACUGGUAGGGGGCCUGUCUACCAGCUUGGCCACCUCUAAGCUUCUGAGAUUGAGUAAGUCACUUUUACUUUUCACUGCCUCACUUUCAUCAUUUGUAGAAUUAGGAAUAAAUUUCUAUGGAGAUCAAGGAUACUUACUGCAUAUUUAUUUGUUUACUUUUUUAUACCCUAUUUCUAAAAAGGAUUAUGUUAGCUUUUACUAAAUGUAGAGGUAUAAAAACAAUGAUCAUAAAAAAAUGAUCAUAACGGAUAACAGUUAAUGUUUUGUGAGAAUUCCCAACUAAAAAAAGCUCUAGCUUUUAAGAUUUCUAGCAAUAAGCACAAAGAAUGAAUGAAUUAUACAGCUCUCUCUCUCUCUCUUUUUUUUUUUUUUGUAGAAGGAAAA